CCACCGCCACCAGCAUUCGCAAGACUUGAACCACUACCGUCACCUCAACUCCUCAUCACUGGGCAUCUGCGUAGAUAUCCCCGCAACGAGCGGUACACGAGAAGCAGUCACACGAGCACCGCCACAAGCAUACACAUUUACCAAACAUGGAUCGAUUAUCACGAAUGUUGCACGCCGCAGGAGGCAUGGGUGGCGGAGGACCAGCAGGCGCACAGGAUGGCAACAUCAUCGACAACGCCGAGACCGUCUACAUUUCCUCGCUCGCUCUACUGAAGAUGUUACGUCAUGGCCGCGCAGGUGUACCGAUGGAGGUCAUGGGUCUCAUGCUGGGAGAGUUCGUGGAUGACUACACAGUUCGCGUGGUGGACGUCUUUGCAAUGCCCCAGUCAGGAACUGGUGUAUCCGUAGAGGCUGUCGAUCCCGUUUUCCAAACCAAGAUGAUGGACAUGCUGAGGCAGACGGGUCGACCGGAGACGGUGGUUGGAUGGUACCACUCACAUCCUGGUUUCGGUUGCUGGCUGUCUAGUGUGGAUAUCAACACCCAACAGUCAUUCGAGCAGCUCACGCCCCGUGCGGUCGCGGUCGUCAUCGAUCCCAUACAAUCCGUCAAGGGCAAGGUGGUGAUUGACGCUUUCCGCCUCAUCAACCCUCAGACGCUCAUGCUCGGACAAGAACCACGGCAGACGACAUCCAACUUGGGUCAUCUGAACAAGCCUUCCAUUCAAGCUCUCAUUCAUGGUCUGAAUCGACACUACUACAGCAUCGGCAUCGGAUAUCGCAAAUCUGCACUGGAAGAGGGCAUGCUCAUGAACCUGCACAAGACUGUCUGGACUGAAGCUCUCACAAUGCCCGACUUUGCAGCGGAAGGAACACGAAACGAGGCCAACCUAGCGAAGCUGGUCCACCUUGCGGAAGGCUAUGAGAAGCGUGUCAAGGAGGAAACCGAGCUUACCAAGGAGCAGCUCCGCACACGAUAUGUCGGCAAGGUCGAUCCCAAGAAGCACAUUGAGUCGGUCGGACAAGAAUUGAUCGAAGACAACAUCGUCAGCGUUUCAAGACAGAUGAUCGACAAGGAAGCGUCCGUCCCUGUCUCAGCUGAUCAAGCACUAGGAAGCAGUGGAAAAUUGAAUGGCCGUGGGCGAGGCUCGCAGUCUCAACAGGCUGGAAUGGACGUGGACGAUGAUGAAGAGCUAUGAGCAUCGGCGACUGUAUCACGAGCUAGAUGAUCCGCCUCAUGUAUUAGAUGGUGAAUACGACUACCAAAGAAAAUAUCGUCGCGACGUAGUAUGUCUUUGCAAUUGCUCGAUUUUGUACAUGUCUGUUGCUUUUCACCACCAGGAUGAGCAGAGGUGUGACGGUGUGGAAAACAGGUCCGCUCAUUUAACCACAACACAGCGUGGAAUUUAUUCAAAUAACCUACUGAUCAGAGUACAGAUCAUCCCAACCACAUUACAAGAUAAUGGAC